UAGAGUACUUUAGGCCUUCACAGACGAAGAAAAAGUCUUGCACUUCCCAUGUCAUGUAAUAAAAGCAAGGACAUGGGAAACAACGGGAGGUCUGCAGGUGGCUGAUAAUGAUAAUAUGAGAAGAUGUUUAGUUAGGAAGUGGCCUUGUGAGAGGAGAAAUAGGAAAACACCCCAGAGUCCAUUAGUUGUCGUUGGCAGCAUGGACAAGAAGGUGGUAUUGAUCACAGGCUGCUCCUCCGGAAUUGGCCUCAGUUUGGCGGUUCGUUUAGCUUCGGACCCGGAACAACUGUUCAAAGUUUACGCCACCAUGCGGAACCUGGCCAAGAAAGAGCGUCUUCUGGAGAGCGUCAAAGGCCUACACAAGGACACGCUGGAUAUUCUGCAGAUGGAUGUCACAGAUUGCCAGUCCAUCCUUGAAGCCCGGGAUAAGGUUGCUGAGAAGCGUGUGGACAUUCUAGUCUGUAACGCUGGUGUCGGUUUGAUGGGUCCACUGGAGGCUCACUCUUUGGACUCCAUGAAGCAGAUUCUGGAUGUAAACCUUCUGGGUACCAUCCAGACUAUCAAGGUCUUCCUACCCGGGAUGAAGGCUCAGCGUGGCGGUCAUAUCCUGGUGACAGGCAGCGUCGGUGGCCUUCACGGCCUUCCCUUUAAUGAGGUCUACUGCGCCAGCAAGUUUGCCAUCGAGGGGGCGUGCGAGAGCUUGGCCAUUCUGCUGCAACAUUUCAACAUCUAUGUUAGUAUUAUAGAGUGCGGCCCGGUCAACACGGACUUCCUGGUCAAUCUGAAGAAGGCAGAGCUCGGCGACUCGUCCCUGCAACACGUGGACGCGCACACGUUGGGCCUAUAUGAGCGAUAUCUGCAGCAUUGCAGUUACGUCUUCCAGAACGCGGCGCAAGACACAGAGGAUAUCGUAAAGGUGUUUUUGGAGGCCAUGCGGUCGCCAAGUCCGGCCUUCAGGUACUUCACCAGCGGGGCGGCGCCCCCCUUGACCGAACUGAAGGUCACCCAGCCAGACGGCCUUCGGUACAUCAGCGCAAUGAGCGAACUCAUCUUCUCGCCCGAUGAACAGUGACCUCAGUUUGAUGCCGAUUUGCAUUUCGAGGAAGUUGACUCACCGUUUUUGCUCAACUUGAAAGCGAGUUCCCCGAAGGCAAUGACGAAUUAUAUUCUUUUCAAAAUUGAAAUGUUAGGUUCCUUUUAUGUAAUAGUAAGCAGUGAUCUCAUUUAGAAAUCAGUUUUGACAUGCUGAACAUUUGAUUGUAGUUUCUGUUUUAGAGUAAUUUUCCUUUGGUUUUAUGGCAUUUUCAAAUUAUUAUUUCUCACUUUUCUAUAUGAGCAUAGAAGAUCUCAGUAGAGACAAAGUUCACUUUUAUCACGAGGCACAAGUGCAUGCAAUUUCCCAUCAUGCUUUAACUCAAGGCCAACCUGAUAGUCAGGUGAUCUUUUUUGUUGUUUUUUUCUGAAAUAGCCCCUAUGACCUCAAAUCUUUGUCUGCACAAAACUGCUUCUGGCUUUUGAGUGAAUCUGACUGUUCCAUUGACAGUUGCAUUCAUUAGAAUAAAAUGAAAUGAAUAAACAAUAACAAUGAAUCCAUUAAAUACAUUGAUAUGUUGUUUAGCUAAUGCUAGUUCAAUUAAAAGUGGAUUAAAACGGAAACAAAGCUCUUAACAGUGAAAGAUUUUAACAAUUUUUGAUUAAUUAAAGCCAUAAUAAAAUGAUUUAUG